GGAGCGGAGGGCGCGUGCAGCUGUCAAACAGAUUUAUUUUUCUCUCGGAUUUGAGUUGCGAAACAAUAUAAUUGGCAAUAAAACGCGUUUUCUUGAAUUAGUUCGGCUACUGUUAGUUAAAUUAACGGCGCACUCACACGUAAAUUUCACAUAAUUACGGAAAUUCCUAUCUGUUUCAUCCGUGAACACUGACCAGUGAUAGCUAUUUUUGUUUUGCGGCACAUUUCUACUGUAAAUAUUGUUUUAUCGUUUAAAUUUGAUGCCGAGUUUUUCGUAAUAUUUCUUAACACCAUCCGUUGUAGUGAAAACGGAACGAGAAGUUGCAAAGAUAUCACGAAAUGCUUACAUUAUUGACUUUAAACAUUCUUUCGAUAUUUUUUUGUGGCAAUAGUAAUGUAAUUUGUGCUGUGAUAAAAGUUUCCGACUGAAGCGAAUCGAAUUCUGUGCUAGUGCUGUGAAAAAGUGUUCGGCUGAAAAUAAUUUAUGUGAAACUUGAUGGUGGUAUAUGAAGAAUGUUUGGCGUUUGUUCUGAUGGUUGGAUCCUGUGCGGACAUAAUGUGAGCAGCUAAUAGCUAGCUGUCUCGUAUAUGUUGUCUGGUUCUCCGCACGGGUCGGUGAUGUCUUGCCAGUCGCUGGCGGCGCGAGCUUUCGCCGAACCGGAGAAGGAUUCGCGCUGCGGUGUCGCCUUCCACAGGUCCGUCCGCUUCAGCUCAGAGUCUCGGAGCACCAGAGGAAAGGACAUAGAAUGCAAGCGAGAGACACCAGGUUCCAUGUCGCUGACCACGCUGUCAGUAAGCCCGAUGACACCAGGGUCCAACAUGUGUCAGUCGGCGCCAAACGCGUUCGAGUUCGACGAAUGUCCCGGCCCCCCUGCGUCGUGUCGUUUCCCUAAGCUGGAGGAAUGCGCACACUUCCACUACGAGAGGGUCUCCCUCGGAGGACUGAGGGUCGAACUGGUGCCGUGUGAGACAAACGAGGGAACGCCCCAAGAAGGCUGGGUGUGUCUUAAGGUGCGCUCGCACGUAAACUCAUCGGACGAUACUGAUAGUCGCACGCUGAGCACCAGCUGGACGGAGGCGAGUCACGUGCGGGAGUGGACACUCACCAGGAACAAGGAGAACUUCGUGCAGCUCGAUGACAUGCUGCACAGGUGCAUCUAUGACAGAAAAGUGUCUGGUCUGCCAAAUCUGAAGGAGGCAAUGACGCCGGAGCAAGACGAGGUGGAAUACCGGCAGCUCAUAUCAGACUACGUGCACCACCUGUCGAUCAUCGCUGAUGACUCCAUCAACUGUGGUCCCGCGCUUAACUGGCUGCAGAUGGACAAUAGAGGUCACAAGUUGUUGGUGUCUAAUGAAGAUUCAAGCUCCAUCAACACGCCCGCCGUAGCUGCCGCUUAUUCAGUUAGGAAAUACGUCUCGCAGGCACGAGAUGAGAUUAGCUUCGAAGUCGGCGACAUGAUAUCCAUCAUAGAUAUGCCUGGUCCCCAGGAGUCGAUCUGGUGGCGCGGCAAGCGCGGGUUUCGCGUGGGUUUCUUCCCCCACCACUGCGUUGCGGUGAUCGGAGAUAAGGUGCCCAGGCACAUGACCCAACCACCACCCAUCGUUGGAUCCGUGGCAGUAGCUCCAAUAAAACCGGUGCUCCGCAAACAUGGCAAGCUGAUAUCUCUCUUCCGGAGCUUCAUACUGUCCAGACCCUCCCGCAGGAGUUUGAAGCAACAGGGUAUUCUGCGGGAGAGGGUGUUCGGAUGCGAUUUGGGGGAGCACUUACUGAACUGUGGACAUGAUGUGCCCCAGGUGUUGGUGGAAUGCGCACGAGCGAUUGAACUCCGCGGAGCAGUUGACGGGAUCUACCGUCUGUCGGGCGGCGCGGCUUUGACGCAGCGGUUGCGAAGCGGCUUUGACGCGUCCCAACCGCCCGAUCUGAGCGCUGCCAUACAGCGAGACCCGCACGCGCUCGCUAGUCUACUCAAGUGCUACUUUCGGGAACUCCCGAACCCGCUGUGUACGUACCAGUUGUACGACAGCUUCGUGAAGGCGGUGCAAGCGAGCGAGGAUAGCAGGCUGCGAGCUAUGAGGGAGACAGUAGUAAAAUUACCACCACCACAUUACAGGACGCUGGCGUACCUGAUGCGGCACUUGAGGCGCGUGUCGCUGCUGAGCCAGUCGACGGGGAUGACGGCUCGCAACAUGGCCAUCGUGUGGGCGCCCAACUUGCUGCGCUCGCCCGAGCCGCAGCACGCGCUGCAGGGCGUGGCCGUGCAGGCCGUCGUAACGGAGUUCCUAAUUUGUUACGCGGAGGAUUUGUUUGCGCAAGAGCAGGGCGCUGAAUCGGGACCAGAGUCGUUAGAUCACGAUCGAUCGGACGUUGAAGUGGAACUGCGUGGCCUGGAGCCAGGCAGAAGACCAAAGAGUCUGCCGCUAAACCCACCGACUAAAUUGUUAAGUUUGGAGGAGGCCCGUCGUCGCGGUAAAGUCGCUGUGUCUUGUAACGCUAGCGAGUGUCCGCCCGCUAGCGGCGCCAUUGCGGCCGCGGCGACCGCACACCUCAGACCCGCGGGCACGCGCCCCCCGGACUACAUUGAGGUUGGCUCCGGUCCCAACAAUCUACCUCAGUACCACACCGUGUUAGAUCUGCCUAUACCAGGUAACAAGCGAGCCCUCAAGCGUUCCGUGUCGGGCUGGCGUGGUCUCUUCAGCCGCAGUAAACUACAAAGACCACCUCCGGAACCCGUGCACACAGCGCCACCGUGUGAUACCCAGGAGGUGACAACGAUUGUGAGUGCACUGCGCUCUGCCAAGUCUUGCGAGUCCCUGGUGUCCGAGGGAGACACCGUUCCUCCGCUACUGACGCACAUACAGACACAACCACUCAAACACCACACGAGAUCGUCUUCCUGCGACUCGUACUUUGAGCCGUGGCAGGCCGAGCUAGCCGGGAUGCGGUUGAGACUUUCGCCGCAAGAGAGGGACAGACAUAUGUUCAGCGAGGAGGACGACACAGUACAACAAACUCAGGACUCCGCAGGAUCGUCCCCAUCAGAAUCGAACCCGUGCAGUGUGGAGGCGAGCCCGCGAAGAAUUGACACCAUUAGCGCCGACGUUCAUACGGAGAACACGCAUGAGAGGAAACGUGUUGCUUUAGACAUGUUGGAGCGGCAAGUUUCCGAGCUGGGCUAUAUAGACGAGUGUGCUGUCUCUAGCACACCACUGCCAGAGAAACGCGCCGCAUGUCAUAGACCCCUCAGUCCGAGGAGAGAGGCUGUUGCCAAGAGAAUAUGCAAAGAUCGUGAUAGUCCGCUGUCGUCGACUUCUGACUUUCAGCAGUCUCCGAAUGUCAAGUUAAGAGAACGAAACUCGCCGAGAAAACAAAAAAACUCAGCCCGAUAUAGUGCCAUGCACGCGCCCAUACACGAUAAUGACACUCAUUCAAGAUUAACUUGGCACGGAAAGGAUGGCCAUUCGACGCUUAUCAAAAUCGACUGGCCCGUUGACUCGAUCGGGAAUCUCACAUCCAGUACUCUUAACUCAAGUGCCACAACCCCAGUUACACCCGCUUACGAUCCGCUCGAAAGCGAUUCGGAAGCGAGCGAUAAUAAACACACGAUCAAAAUUACAAGUAACGAUUGUGAUAAUUGCGAUCAAGAAAAAUGUUUGAAAUGCGAAUUGAAAGCGACUGAUUAUGAGAACAUGAAAGACCUAUCACGCGAUUACUCGGAGCAAAACCUUCGUGAUAGCCUCGAAGCGAGUCCGUUACAUUCCACUGAAAUUAGUUACCAAAAUCUAAACAGACUGUCGGCAGUGUCAACAUCGUCGAAUUCUGAGCAGAUAUCUAAAAGGGAUACCGAUCUGAUAAAGAUUAUGACGUCAUCGCAUGAAAGCUCGUCAAGUUACUCCAAUGUUAGUUUAAAACAGGAUGAACUUUACGAGUGUUUUAAUUUCACACGGCCUAAUUAUAUAAAUUUACAAUCUUCGAGCACUUCUAAAAGCUCACCCGGUUCUCCAUUGAAGAGUCCAUUGAAAUCGACUAUUAGUAUAACAUUUAGAUCGCCAACUAAGGAUAAAACGCCUGACUAUGAGCCAAUUGGAAAUGAUACACCAACGAAUGAAAGGGAUUCUGUUUAUGAAGAUGUUGACUUGGAGAAAAAUCUGUCUAUAGUGGAGGAGGCUACUGUGCCGGAAACAGAUGCAAGCCUUCCGACUCAGCAAGCGUGCCAACCUAGUUUUAAUCAAGACUUAAUUAUAUUAGAAACGCCUACGGAAACGAAUCUAGACGACGUAGAUGUGUAUAGUCAAGUGAAGUUCUUCAGGAGAAGCAUAGACGAAGUGAAUGCUAUGAUCCUUGAAACCCCCGAGAAAGAAACUCAGUAUCAGAACAUCGCGUUCGACACACAGCAACGCGAUUAUGAGAACAUAAAUGUUGAUACUCUAAAAAUCUGUGAUAAAAUAGAAAUAAGUAGUGUAAAGAAAAACGAAUCUCUAGAACAUGAUAAUGGGAAUAUUACAAGGCCGAUAAUUGCGUCAAAUUUAAAUGUCCGCGAAUUGGCUAUACGUUUUGAGAGUCCCACGGAGCAAAAGGGCCCGUUUACGUUUGAGAAAUUCAAAACAGAAGUUAAAUAUCCAAGUUUGGAACGCAAAGAUGAGAUAAAGAUUGAGAAGAAAAAAGAUUUGAGACUACCACCCCCCGUUUCGCCAAAAACCAGUAAAUUAAGUAAGAAUUCUUGUAACGCUCGAUCGUUAGACGAAAACGCGUUUGUAAAAGAGUUUGGUAAUGAAAAAGACAGACGAAAAAGUCUCGAGGUGAAAGAGGUUAAAAAAUCACCAAAAUAUUUGCCAGAUUUGAACUUGAAUACCGAAGAACCCGAAACGAAAGCUGAAAGCAUAACCCCUACGUCGGAAAAUAAAAUAUCCUUGAUCCAAAGAUUUGAGAUGAAGCCAGACACGAAGAACUCGAUUGAUUUCGAGACAGAGAAGAAGCUAAGCAGAGAACGAAUAGAGAAGUACAAAGAAGAGAGAAGGAAUUUUCUGAGAGAGAAAUAUAGCUCGCAGUCAUUCAGAAGUAGCCCUGAACAGUUAACGCGAUUGAAGUUGAAAAAGGAAGAAGAAAAGCUAAGUGAAAGGUUAAAAGAUGUUCCAAUGUUUGAAAGGAGGAAUACGGUGGACUUAGGACAAAGAAUUAGGUUUUCUUUGGCUAGAAGUGCCAAUAAUCUUGAUUCAAUUCCGUCACCUUUAAGUCCUGUUAAAGAUAUCGAUUUUAGGAACGGCGAGGGAAGUCAAAGCAGAGAAGACAGGAGAGAAAAGUUAUCACCGUCAUACAACAUACGCGACAUGGCGGCGAUGUUCGAACAAAAGUCACACAGCAACACGAACGCCGGCUGACGGUAACUUAAACGUGACAACGUAAAAACGUGACGUAAUUGUAAUGUGACAAUAACGUAAGACGUGACGUGAUUGUAAUAUAACAAUAACGUUAAAGCGAGACGUAAUUGAAAUGUGACAAUAACGUUAAAACAUGACGUAAUUGUAAUGUGACAAUAACGUGUCAACCUCAGAUAAUUAUACGUCUUAUUAGACUGUGACAGUUCUAAACACGUCGAAAAAAAAGCAGCGAACUGUAAGCCUCUAUUUUCAGAAAACACCCACCAAAACAAAGUGACUGACGUAUUGCUAGUGUAAGUCGUAGCUGUCAUGCACUCUAAAGUAUUAAACCUGGACUGUUGUCAUGCGUUGCUUAACAGCAAGAUGUCUAUCUCUAUCUAGACGUAUAAAUUAUCUAAGGUGACAACGUGACGAAAUUGUAAUAUGACAAUAACGUAAAACGUGACGUGAUUGUAAUGUGACAAUAACGUAAAACGUGACGUGAUUGUAAUAUGACAAUAACGUAAAACGUGACGUGAUUGUAAUGUGACAAUAACGUUCAAACGUGCCAGUAGAAUAACGUGUUCGUACGUUAUAUUUAUAUAUAGCUUUAUACUUAUAGACUUGUUUAAUAGUUUCCCUUAAUUCUUGAGCGAAUCGUUUUCUAUAAAUAAACUGUAUUUUAUUAAUUAUUUAUAUCAAGCGCCUACUUCUUGACACUCAGAUAAAAAUUAUAUCCAUUAAAUUGUAGGAACAUGUUAUGUGUAUCGCUUAUAUUAUGGUUGGACUGACUGUGGCGAAUAUUUGUGUCAAAGCACUUUAUUUGUUUUAUGACCCUUAAUAUUUAACAUUGUUAUUUAUCUUAAAAUCUAUAUCUCAAUGUUAAAUACCACAAAACCUUCUACAUACUAAAAACAGUGUUUAUUAUUUUGCCAAUUAAUAUGAAAUUUAAAAUGACCAUGUGGUAUUAGUACACCCAAUUCAUUACAAUACAAGUUUUUUUUUUCAAAUUAAAAAUUGCCCUACAAAUGCAAUUCAAUUUUCGAAUAAAAUGAACGCCAUUUUGUUAUUUAUAGUUAUGAUGUCAGUAGUAACGCUGAAAUUGGUUCAUUUACCGUUUGUCACGAUUUCUUAUCUUUAGCAAUACAAACAUUUUGUUUCUCCUACAGCUGUACAUAAUCUAUUGCAUGAAAUUCCCUUCAAGAUAUCAAAAUAAUAAAACAUUUUCGACAUCUCCAGCAAUUGAGUUGUUUUAAACACAAGCUAGUUAGAAGACUCAAUAUUUACAAUCAAUGUUUUAUUGCAUUCAGUAACUUGGCAGUACAUAAAUCUCAUUCGGAUUUGUAGCAAAUCAUUUUCCGAUCAUCAAACACUUGAUGAAUUUCCGAAAUUGCUUUGACACAAUAUGGUCGCCAGAAAGUAGUCGAUAUAUGUUACAUUACUAAUAGAGAUAUACACCCGUGUUACAAAGUGCUUAUGAUGUAUAAACGCGUAUAUAACGCCUAAAUAUAGAUCUAUACGAACUUUUGCGUCAUUUAUCGACAGUUACUUUAUUUGGUACGAAAUUCCUUAUGCGAUUUUUAAAAUAAAUACAAUUCUAUAAAUGCUUAGUUUUCAAUUAUUUGUCGAUCAAUAAUCGAUUCGAAUAGUUGCUUUUACAAGAGGAUAUGGCGAACAAAAAAUAAAUCUUUUGUAAAGGCAUAGUGCGGCUGCAGGCAAAUUUUUCGGUCAUUGUACCCAUCGAGUUCAUUGACCGAAAUUCUACUGACGCCAGACACUUGUACGCUAAUUUUAGCGAACCUGGUGAUUAUAAAUGUAAAUCAAUGCAUUCAAAUAAAUGAUGUAGUUUAUAUUCUGUAUUUAUAGCCAUAGAAGAGCUAAAGAUACCUGUAUAUUGCGAAUUGAUAUUGUAAUAACUAAUAAGGCUUAGCUGCGGACUCUGUCAAAGUGAAACGUAAACUUAGCUAUGAAAUGUAUUUCGGAUACUUCUCGUUUGAUUUAAAAAAAAGUUAUUGAUGCCAUUUUACUGAUUAGGUAACAUACUUUCGAUAACAGAUCAAUGUUUUUUACAUUAGUAAUUGUUAAGAAAUUAUCGCCUGAACUCUUAACGAUUACAUCCUGUAUGCUAACUAUAAAUUUCGAAAACCAAAUUUGAGGGUAGUUAGAUUUAACGGACUUGAUCUGCUGAUUUUAAUAUCCUUUUCCCUUUUUUACACUUGUAUCUAACGAUAUUAAAACAUAAAGCACACUCAAAAAUCUCAUAUCUAUACAAAUGUAUCACAUCGAUAUGACAUAAUAUAAAUUUGAAUUUUAAAAAUAUAAUAAACUUUUAACUUACAUUGAUAUUAAUAUGCCAGAAUUUAUAAUAGCAAAACUGUGUGAAAUUACACACUAUUUUGAACUCUUUUAAAAUACAGUGAGGUUGAUAUUAAAUUAUUAGUGCCGAUUGUAAGACUAGUCAAAGUCACGCUCUAGGUUCUUCAGGGGUAACUUAGUACUCAACAGUCUCAAUAUCUAGACAGUGAUAUACUCAAUGGGCUUAGCUUUAACAGGAAGACAUACCUAGAGGGCAUUUGUAAUUGUUAUUUAUUUCUGUUUGUUUUAUUUUAUUUUAUUUCGUUACGUGCACAAUACAUUAUUAUAAGCUAAUUGGUCGGUUUAGUGCUUCCUGGUAACUAGUUCAUAACGUACAAUUAUUAUUUUUGACUCUAUGGUAAAACAAUCUGUGGAAAUAUAAAUUGGCAUUAACAUGACUAUAUCUAAAUAAUGAUAUAAUUAAUAAAAUGUGAUAAUUAAAACACAGACUUGCUUUUAAGAAGACAAUGUUUUUUAUAAAUAUAUUAAUUAAACAAUUUCACAGAUUAUCAACAUCAUCAUUCAUUGACCGGCCGCCAUUUUGUUGUAGCGUUAUGACAGUUAUAUGUACUCACCUAUAUUCGCAAUAUGGCCGCCGGUUCCUUUCUACGCAUUACAGUUAAAUCGACCAAUUGCUGCGUUACUCAUCACAAUAUUAUUAGCAUUAUCCAUUAUUUGUAAGUUGUAUGUAAUUGUAAGUUUUUGUUGACGAUCUUUUGUAUUAUAAUAUGAGAAUUGCAUUUGUAUUUAAAUAAGUUUAAUAAAUUAAAUAUUAAUUGAUA